CCACUCUUUCUGUUUUCCGAGACCACGUGGUGAGAGGUAUUGCGAUCCGUUUGGAUCAGGGAACAUUCCGAAUUUCAUGAACUAUUAGUAACGAAAUGUCGGAAACUUCAGAAGACGAGCAGGACCUGGUGCAACCCAGCGACGAAGAGGAGGAAUUGAGUGGCAGCGAAGAGGAUGACGGAAACGAUGAUGAAGCUGCAGAAGAUGGUUCAGAAUCUGAAGAUGGUGACGAGCAAAAUGGAGAUGCCGAUAGUAACUCCGAGGUUGAAAACGAUGACCAGGUUGAGGACCAAAAGUUGACCUGGAAAGAUCUCGGUCUGAACGACACGUUGUGUCAGGCUUGUGACGAGCUCAAAUGGAAGGCGCCUUCGAAGAUCCAGCGAGAAGCUAUUCCGGUGGCCCUGCAAGGCAAGGAUGUUAUUGGCCUGGCGGAAACUGGUUCUGGCAAGACCGGUGCCUUUGCCCUACCCAUUCUCCACGCGCUCCUCGAAAACCCGCAGAGGUAUUUCGCCCUGGUAUUAACACCAACACGUGAGCUGGCGUUUCAAAUCGGCGAGCAGUUUGAGGCUCUUGGCAGUAGCAUUGGAAUUAAGUGCUGUGUUGUUGUCGGCGGCAUGGACAUGGUGGCCCAAGGACUUCAGCUGGCCAAGAAGCCACACAUCAUCAUAGCCACACCCGGCCGCCUCGUGGACCAUUUGGAAAACAUGAAGGGCUUUAACUUGAAGGCCAUCAAGUACUUGGUGAUGGACGAAGCGGAUCGAAUCCUGAACAUGGACUUUGAGGUGGAGCUCGAUAAGAUCUUAAAGGUUUUGCCACGUGACCGACGCACCUUUCUAUUCAGCGCUACCAUGACCAAGAAGGUAAAGAAGCUGCAGCGUGCCUCCCUCAAAGAUCCGGUUAAGGUUGAAGUAUCCAACAAGUAUCAGACAGUCGAGCAACUCCAGCAAUAUUACCUGUUCAUACCGGUGAAAUAUAAAGACGUGUACUUGGUUCACAUCCUCAACGAACUGGCUGGCAACAGCUUCAUGAUAUUCUGCAGCACCUGCAACAAUACUGUAAAAACUGCAUUGAUGCUUCGAGCUCUGGGACUGGCAGCCAUUCCCCUGCAUGGUCAAAUGUCGCAGAACAAGCGUCUGGCGGCCCUCAAUAAAUUCAAGGCCAAGAAUCGUUCCAUUCUUAUAUCCACCGACGUGGCUUCCCGUGGCCUGGACAUCCCGCACGUGGACGUUGUGCUAAAUUUCGAUAUACCCACGCACAGCAAGGACUAUAUUCACCGGGUGGGAAGGACAGCGAGAGCAGGUCGCUCUGGCAAAGCCAUCACCCUAGUGAGCCAAUACGACAUCGAACUCUACCAGCGCAUUGAACACCUACUUGGCAAGCAACUGCCUCUCUACAAAUGCGAGGAGGACGAAGUCAUGGCUCUACAGGAACGCGUGGCAGAGGCCCAGCGCACGGCAAAGCUGGAGCUGAAGGAUCUAGAGGAUACAAAGGGCGGUAGGGGACACAAGAGGGGCGGGGACAACCAUGAUGAUUCGGAGCACUUUACCGGUGCCCGCAAGCGCAUGAAACCUAUGGGCGGAGGCGGUGGCGGCGGCAAAGGACCCAAGGGAGGUGGCAAAAAAGGUUUUGGCCAAAAGAGCUGGAACAAGGGGGGCAAAAAAAGAUAGUAUAGGCAAAUUAUGAAAUUAAGCUUAACUAUUAUUUUAUUUUAUACGGUAAUACAGAGUAAA